UGAAGUAUAUUGGAGAUAAAAUAUCAUCGACAACACGAAAAUUAGUGAAAGGAUAAUGUAAAAUUGGAAAAUUUAAGCACUUGAAUAAUAGAACACAAAAGGAGAGGAAAAAAAAGAAGAGAAAUGGAAAUUAUUUUUAAUUGCACAAACAAAAUAAAAUGUGAAAUUAACACGUGUUAACGAUGACAUCAUAAAAAGUAUUUGGCCAACGGGAGUUUAUUGCGGAACAAGUGGACAAGUUUGUCAUAACUUCAGGUGAACGCACAGAAUAAUGGCUUUCGAGAACAGUAUUGUGUCAGAGUUUUACAAUGACAAAUGCAUCUUUAUAACAGGUGCUACAGGUUUUAUGGGAAAAGUUAUGUUGGAGAAAUUAUUAAGAAGUUGCGAAGGUAUUAAAAAUAUUUAUGUUUUGAUGAGACAAAAGCGUGGAAAGAGUCCACAAGACAGGAUUGAAGAUCUGUUUAACUGCAAGGCAUUUAGUGUUUUAAGAGAAAAAAAUCCAGAUUCAUUUAAGAAAGUUAUUAUGGUAGCAGGUGAUAUUACCAGUCCAAAUCUAGGUCUUUGCCAAUCAGACAUUGAUUUACUUGCUGAAAAUGUGAAUAUUGUAUUCCAUUUGGCUGCUACUGUUCGAUUCGAUGAACCGUUGAAGCAAGCCAUGAAAAAAAAUGUACUUGGAACGCGUUAUACGCUUGACGUUUGCCAGAAAUUUCCACAUUUAAUGGCAUUGAUUCACGUGUCAACUGCUUACUGUCAUUGUGACAGAAAAGAGAUUGAAGAAACAAUAUAUCCAGCUUCAAUUAAUUUACAAAAAAUUAUAGAUAUUGUUGAUUGGAUGGAUGAAGAUACAAUAAAUGCAAUAACACCGAAAUUAAUUAGUGGAAGACCUAAUACAUAUACUUAUACUAAAGCAUUAGCUGAGAACCUUUUGGAAGAGGAAUGUGGACAAUUACCGGUAGCUAUUGUCAGACCUUCGAUUGUUUCUUCUUCUUGGAAGGAACCAUUUCCUGGUUGGGUAGAUAACUUCAACGGUCCAACAGGAAUUAUAGCAGCUGUAAGUAUUUAUUUUUACAUUCUGCCAAAUGAAAUAAAGGUAUACAACAAUACUUCAAACAAUUGCAUUACAUGGGAUUGUGUCUACAGAUAUGUUUUUCCGCUAUUUUCGGUAUAUCCUCCUUUAGAAGUGUUCCGAAUACCUGGAGGUGAUUGUACAACGAAUCGUUUAUGGAAUUCUUUUCGAAAUAUUAUAGAUCACUACAUUCCUGCGCUUAUAUACGACCUCAUAUCGUAUAUGAUGGGGAAAAAGCCCAUGAUGAUCAAUCUUUACCGAAAAUUAUCAAAAGCACUGGAUUCUUUGGAAUAUUUUGCAACAAAUGAAUGGAAGUUUCGAUGCGAUAAUACUCAAAAAUUAGCAGAAAUAUUAUCUAUUGAAGAUCGUCAGACAUUUUGUUUCGAUACAACGAAUCUAAACUGGCUGACUUACUGGGAAGAAUCCAUUUUAGGAAUUAGAAAAUAUUUGUUUAGAGAAGAUCAUGCUUCACUUCCAUUGGCAAGAAAAGGCAUUAAACGAUUAUAUUAUAUUGGAGUUACUGUCAGGAUAAUGGUAAUGCUCGGAUUAUUUUAUUUUGUAUUUGGACGCUGGGAUGGAUUUACAGAAUUUUGGAAAAUUAUUUUUGCUUUUCCCAAAUUAUUUGAAAUAUAAAAAUUAAUUUCUAUUAAAAAUUCACGUAUUAAAUAAUAAUUAUUAUUGAAAAUACGGAAAAGAUAGCUGUAUAUAUGUCAGCGUUUUUCUAACACGGAUUUUCGUUUAUAUAGCAGGAUGAUACGUAAAAUAUUUUUUAUAUAUACAUGUAUUUUAUAACGAUUAUUAUGUACAUUCGUUAUUAUCUGAUUUAUAUGAAUUAUAUUUA